CCUGGCAAGUCACACAUUGAUAUAUUGUUACUUCCUACAUUUCAAAGUAUAAGCAGCAGAAAACAGCUAAUUAAAUGUUGAACUAAUAUCAAAGUUUAUGUGAUAAGAUCGUGCCAACACUCAAUAUAGUGGGACUAUUGCAGACAUGGAAUGGAGUGAAGUAUAUUUAUGUAAAGAUGUCAUUAGUGGAUCUGGGAAAACGGUUGUUGGAAGCAGCUCGGAAAGGCCAAGAUGACGAUGUAAGGACAUUAAUGGCAAAUGGUGCACCUUUUACAACAGACUGGCUGGGAACAUCGCCUCUUCAUCUUGCAGCUCAAUAUGGCCAUUUCUCCACGGCAGAAGUUCUUCUUAGAGCAGGUGUCAGUAGGGAUGCCCGAACUAAAGUUGAUAGAACCCCUCUUCACAUGGCUUCAGCAGAAGGCCAUACAGUCAUUGUAGAGUUGCUAGUAAGGAGUGGUGCAGAUAUUAAUGCCAAAGAUAUGUUGAAAAUGACAGCUCUUCAUUGGGCAGCAGAACAUGGCCACCAAGAUGUAGUAGAGUUGUUGGUGAAAUAUGGUGCUGAUGUUCAUGCACGGAGUAAAUUUGAUAAAACUGCUUUUGACAUUGCAGUGGAUAAACGCAACACAGAAAUUAUGUUAUUACUGCAGGAAGGGAUGCAGAAUCAAGUCAACAUGAACCCAGACCAGUCUAAUUCUAUCAGCAAUCCUGUUACCAUUUCUUCUCCUCAGUUCAUUUUCUCCUCUGGAGGUGUAGUGAACCUUUCUGAACUUGUCUCUUCUUCGACCACAAAGACUACCUCUGGGGAACCAAACGUCUCCACAACUUCAGUGCUUGCAACACUAGCAGCUUUGGCAGAAGCAUCAGGGCCACUAUCCAGUUCAAACAGAGCAGAAACAGAAGAAUUAAUUUCAGCUGAUACGGUAGAUUCAGCGUUACAACAUAUGGUUGGAAGUGGAGGUCAAAGGGUGAUCGCAAUAGUAACAGACCAACAUGGGAAUCUGCAAACCAGCAGUCUGGGGCAGCAGUUUAUAGUAACGAUGCAGGAUGGUCAGCAAGUAAUAGCAGUUCCUGGAAACCAAAUGGCAGAAGAAGUUUUGGAAGAGGAACCAUCUCUGCCAGCAAAAAAAAGAAGAGUUGAAGCUAUAAUCAAUCAUAUAGACACUGGCGACAAGGAGAAAGAGAGUUUGGAAAGAGAAAUGCUUCAAAAACAACUGAUAGAAGCAAACCGCAAAGCUCAAGAGUUUCGGCAACAACUGCUUAAGAAGGAACAGGAGGCAGAGCAGUGUCGGCUAAAGCUAGCAGCCAUGGCACAUAUACAUGCCAAUGGGAAUAUUCAAGAAGUAGACCUUUCAGUUGAAGAGGAAGGAGAGGAAGUUGUCACUGAACUUCCUGAAGGAGCUAUCAUCAUCAAGGCUGAAGAUCUGGACCAAACAGAAGAAGAAGUAACGUUGGUGGAAACAACGCAGAUUCAUGCAGACCUUAAGGCAGCUACAUCAUAAUGAUUUGUUCCUUGCUUUUUUAUAUCUUCUGGAAGCCAUGGGGCAGUUAUCAGUAAGUGCCCAAACUAAACAUUCAUGGUUUAUUGGAAGUGUUACAGAAAUGUGGAUUACAAUGUUGUUCUGUGCCCCACAACCCUAAAGCUGCACUGUACAUUUGACUGCUAUGCAGCCAUCAUUUUUCAAAGCCUCUAGAUGCCUUCAAGACAACAGAAAAGAAUAAAGUAUUGAAAAGUGUUUGGCUUCCAGUCUUUUAUAGACUCUCAUUAAGACAUUGCUCUAAGAGUUGCUGUUCCUCAAGAAUUUUUUUUUAUCAGGGAGUUUCUAUUUAGUCAUGUAUUUUCCUGGAAGCAUCAGACACUUCACGUAAAGACACCUUGAAUUGAUUGUAAACAGUGUCACUAGCAAGUUUAAAUGCACCCCAUGCAUUUUUUAAUACAGAAAUGUAACAUCCAUUGGGAUAAUUUCCUACUUCUAAUACCUCAACUGUGUAUAUCCCUGGUUUAGAUCUGAAAAGUCUUUAAAUAAUUACACUACAAAUAUCUUUUGCAUACAGUAGAAAUAAUUAAAACCAAUAUUUGGAUUUGAUGACAUCUUUUUUUUUUUUUUGGAGAUUCACUCUACCUACUUUCCACACCGAUAUUCCUUAAGACUAAGGGCUAAAUGCACAAAGCAUGUUGUAGUGACCAGUAUUUUUUUUUUUUUUUUUGCCCCGUAAGGCUAAACAGAGACUUUAUACUAGCGCUAAUAGUGCUGAAUUGUGUAAUAAGUGACAUAAUAUUUUCCUUUCACUGUUAACUUCCAUGGGCCAUUUCAGAUUGAAUUUUUAUUUUAAUUAGUAACACAAAAGUUAAGUGAAGAGAAUACUUGUUUUGUUUUCGUAUAUGUAAUUUAAAUAUAUUUGAAGCAUUUGGAAAUUAGCCUUAAUAUGAAAAUUUAAAGAACUGGUCAGAAGCCCAGCACAGCAUGUUUUCAUGUUAAAUCAACAUAUUUAACACUGUAUUGCCAUCAGCGAAUAUUUGUGUUGUUGAUUUUUAGGCUCACUGGUUGGGAUUUCUCACUGGAGAUCUGGUACACACUAUACUGGUAUUUAAUUGAAAAUUAAAAUAGCUUGACAUGUGGGGUUUUGGUGCAGUAUUUUUAAGUGAGCAGCAGGUGGCAUUAUACAUUAAGCUAUAUUCCUCAGGCAUUGUGUAUGUAAAAAGCAUAUGCAAGAGUCCGGACCACUUCUUUCCCCAAUAAAAAGGAGAUGGAAGAAGAAAAAAGGGUAUUUGCCAUAGUUUUAAUACCAAGGACUUUUUCUAAUUUACAUACAGGAAUUUAAACAUUUUUGAAGGUGAUCAAACACUAUCAGGUAUUGUCUUGUUGGCAUUUUGAAAAGAAAAAAAAAAUUAAACAUGUAAAAUAGCAGUUUUGUAAGAAAUCUGUAUCUUUUUUUAUAUUUUUAGAGUUCAAUAAAUGUUCAUAUACUUGUGUA